AUGGCUGCCGCUCUCCGUCAAUACGUCCAUCAGUGGGUGGAGAGUCAAGGUGGAGUACGUUUUGUGCUCUCCAGGCUGAAUUUGGUGGAGGAUCUUGCCGAACUUAUUCGAACUGCUACGGAAGAAUAUAGUAAAGCUGUUUCAACAACAGCUAGUACCGAAUCGGAGGCGUUAUUGUUGAGUGCACUUACAGACGUGUGUCGAUAUUGUAUUCAAGUAGCAUCCACUGGCACUCCUCAAGAGGAUUUUUUCUUGGAUAGGAAUGCAAUGCAGUCUACCAUGCGCCACAACUACUCGGUUAUUGUUGGUAGUGAGAAGGAAAUGCAAAAUCACGAGAAGGUUAUGCGGUUGUUAGUUGUUGCUCGCUCCACGCUUCAUCACAGAUGUGCCGAAGAUUUGCAAGUAAGUGUCUCUCCUUUAAUGGUGGAGUUGCUUUCUUUUUUUGACAACCUGUCAUCAACUUGCAUUAUCCCUCCCGACAACCGGAGAGAUGAUGUGCCGCGUUGCCGUUUGAGUGGGUUGCGACUCGAAUGUGGGGCUGGAAGUUCAGCGGUUGAUGAUUUCGUCCAACAGUAUUGGGAUGCAGCAAUUGGCAACUCGGUUCCCACACCGUAA